UGAAGAUAUAUUUGAUACUAUGCCAUUUCCAUUAAAUCAAAAUGUAUUUAAUAGACCUUUGUUUGGUGAUUAUCUGCUCUUUAUCCAACUUGACUUAUCCUAUCAGUCCCAGACACACCAGUGAUAGUUAAAGCAGAAGCUACAACCUCAACAUCCAUCCUGGUGAUGUGGACUCCACCACCAAAUGAGACAUGUCUCAUAGACUAUGUGGUUGAGAUGACUGAGAGUGACGGCCAAAAUUCUGUCAAGGAAUUAAUUAAAGGAUACCAAAGUACUGAAAAAAACAUCACAGGCUUGAAAAAGUACUGGUCAUAUGAUAUAAAGGUGAAGGCAAAUACCACAGCUGGACCCAGUAUGCCUUCACCACUUAUAACCAAAAGAACUCUGGAAGACACACCUGGUCCACCAGCAAGGGUGAAUGCCAGCUGUGAUGUCUGUUAUAAUAAUAUGACUGUGACUUGGGAAGCACCAACCAGAGAAAACAAAAAUGGCAUAAUCACAGGAUAUGUACUCUAUUACAUAUCCACUGAUGGGAAAAUAUCUAAAAAUAAAGAAAUCAGUGGCAGCCAGAAUUCAUCCACAAUAACUAGUUUAUCAGCAGAGAAAAGUUACCAGGUCAAGGUUGCUGCACGCACUAGUGUUGGUGAAGGGGAAAACAAGACAGCACCAACCAACGUGAAGCUGACAUCAGGACCUCCCAUAUUCGUUGCCCUUGCUAAUACUUUUGCUAAAGUAUCAACCGCAAGUGUGGAAGAUGCCAGAAAACAAAUUUCAUUGCAAGUACCCAGUUCUCCAUUUGGCUCAGAAAACGGAAUUGUGAGGAACAUAAGCGUUAUUGUGGCAGAAGACUCAGAGGCAG